AUGGAGUGGUGGGGCGCACCUUCGGCAACCACGAACUUUCUUCGGGACUUCUACUCCGGCCAGGAGCGGUUCGUGUGCGUCCAGGAGCAUUUCGCGGCCUUUCCUACUUCCGGGAGCUGCUCCUUGUUGCAGGGUUGUCCUUUCUCUCCCUUCCUCCUCAACUGCCUCAUGGCGUACUGGAGUCGGGUGGUUGAACGCGAGGUGCCCGGCCUGUCCUUCGGCGUCUUCCUUGACGACAGAACCCUUUGGGCAUGUGACCGAGAUCCGAUCCCUCUACUCAGUCGGGGUGUCGAGGUGGGCGCCCGCAUUGACCGGCUUUGCGGCUUUGAGCUCCACCCCAACAAGCUGGAGUCAUUUGGGACCUCCGACAGCGUCCGUGAAGGACUGAUGGAACUUGCGGACACUGUGGGCAUCCCGCAGGUGGACUUCAAGCUGCUCGGGGUGCGCUAUCGCACCCAGGGGCAGGCGGUGUACGCGGCGGAGGACAUCACCUCCGAUUUGAAGGAGCGGGGCCGGCGCAUUCGCAUGGUCGCCCUGUCCAGCAAGCUCCGUGCUCGGUUGGUCGCGAUCCUGAUGAUCUCUAAGUUCAGAUUUUGCGCCCCUUGGGUGCGAUUCCUGGCUGCGACCAUCGACGGCUGGACUUCUCAGGUGGAGAUGACUAUUUGGGGCAGAAAGACGCCUAGUGGGAGAUCGGCGUGCCUAUUUUGGAACGUCGUGGCCGGCCUGGAGCAGCAUCCACGUUUUGCUCUCCACAGCGCUGCUUUGACCCACGAAUGGCGGCGUCUUGGCAGUGGAGCCGGCGGGACCCCUGGUCCCCGUGUUGGAGCCGCUUUGCAAGCCCUUGGAUGGCAGCUGGAGGGCAACUCCUGGGCUACCUCCUCUGGAGCGUUUUCUACGGGCCACAUUUCUGAACGUGGAUUUCGUGGUGAGCUGCGGCGGGCUUGGCGGGACCAUUUGUGGGCCGUGGACACCAAGACCGGCGGCCCGAUCUCAGCGGGUUCGUUCCCGGUCUGGUCAGAACUGGGGCGACACACCGAGGCUGGCACCUUUGCAUCCCUUCGUGUUGCAUGCGGAGCCGCUCAGGAUGGCCGAGACCUUCAACGGCUUGGAGGUUCUCUCCCUUGCAGAUGUGGCGUUUUGACUCCGUCCCGCCAUCAUCUGACCUUCGACUGCAUCGCCGAUGCCUGGACGUUGGACAGGCGUACAGAGGUAGAGAGGCGCAUGCUCACACCUUUGGUUCACCCCGACCAAGCGCCUCCGAGCGUCUCGGCCAAUGAGGACCUUGCCAUUUCGGCUGUCGUGCAAGCUCUCAUGGCUUGCCCUGACGACGAGAUCCCGAUCUUGGCAUUGGACGGUGGGGCCAUCUCCGGUUUCCACGGGGCUGAGUGGCAACGUGCCUCAUGGGCCGUUGCGGGCCCGGGGGGUCUUCUGGCGUCUGGCGAGGUCCCCACUUUCGAGCAGUCUGCUGCCGCUGGUGAACGCUGGGCCCUACGCAUUGCCGCCCUCGCGGUUGCGAGGGUUGGCCGAGAGGUGCGGGUACUCCAGGACAACUUGGCUUUGGUGGUCAAGCUGAGUCGCUGGAAAGCCAGCCGGGUGCUGCGACACCGUGAGUUGUGGACUUUUUGGGAUGACAUCGCUACAGCGAUUCCUUGGCUUCUUGCUUAUUGGGUUCCUUCUCAUGGCAAGAAGCAGAAAUGGUGUCCCCCGGUCGAUUGGCCGGAUGCUUCGAUAUGCCGUCAAAUGAACGAUUGGGCGGACAAGGGGGCUUCCGCUGUUCUGGAUCACUAUCGUAUUUGGAUCAGCAGCUUGAGGGGGCGUGUUGAUGCUGCCAACCAAUGGGCGGCUGAUGUGGUGAGAAAGCAAGCUAGGGUCACAGAACCUUUCCAGAAGGCCAUUCGCGAGCGGAUGUCUGACCGCAGACACAGCUUGUGA